AUGGCCAAGUUGGAGAAUAUUGCGGAGCCCCAUGAGGUUUACCCGACCAUUCUGGUCUUGGAUUUUGGGAGCCAACAUACCCACCUGAUCAUCCGCCGUCUCCGGGAGCUCAACGUCUACUCCGAAUUGCUCCCUUGCACCACGAGACUUUCUGAGCUCAGAUUCAAACCUGCUGGUCUAGUCCUCAGCGGAGGACCCUACUCCGUCUACGAUGUCGAUGCGCCACACGUCGAUCCUGCCUACCUACACCUCGGUAUUCCAAUCCUGGGGAUAUGCUACGGCCUUUCAGAGCUCGCCUACCGAAUGGAUCGCACCAAUGUCGUGGCCGGAGUCCAGGGAGAGUAUGCCUUAGCCGAGGUGACGGCGAAGAUCGUCAACGCCCGGUUCGACCGCCUCUUCCACGGCAUCGAGGGCCCCAUGAAAGCAUGGAUGUCUCAUGGUGACAGGCUGGCCAGGCUCCCUGAAGGCUUCCACACAAUAGCGACCUCCGAGAACUCCGAGCCCGCCGCCAUUGCGCACGAUACCCACCCGAUAUACGGCGUCCAAUUCCACCCAGAGGUUCCCCACACGCCAAAGGGUGCCCAGCUGCUGAGGAAUUUCGCGGUGGAUAUAUGUGGCGUCAACGCUGGCCGGAUGACGGGCAACUUCGUGGAGCAAGAGACGGGCCGGAAACGCAAGACAGUCAAAUCUUCCAGUCGGACCCUGGGGGCCGUCAGCGGCGGGGUGGAUUCGACGGUCGCUGCGAGGCUCGGCCACAGGUUCGCUGCGGUGUUGGUGGACCACGGGUACCUGCGGCACGAUGAGCGGGAGCAAGUUGAGAAGGACCUGAACGAGCACCUCGGGAUUAACCUGAGGGGUUUGGUUGCGUUCGAUGAGUUUUACGCUGGUCUCGAGGGAGGGUUGAAUUCGCGGAUGGGGAGGAGGUUUGGCGGUGGUACUCUGAUUGGUGCUGUCUGA